AUGUAUGUCCGAACAUUCGUGAAUUUCAUUGCUCGUGGCGAAGCCAAGACUUGGCAAUCAUUCAGGCCUUGCUCAGCAAAGACUUCCAAGCCGUCUUGCGAUCGUCAGAUCUUCAAAAGAGACGAAGUUCCCGGACCUGAUCAAGUUAAGGUCUUAGUUUCCAAUGAUAUUGACACCGAAAUGGUGAAGUUUUGGGCUAAGAUCGAUAGUGGAUUCAAAUCGUUACGUCAACCGGAAGUGUGUGCAAAUGCUGGAUGCAUUCGUGGAAAGUACGAAACUGGAAGGAUAAAGCCUUACGAGGCUUUCUAUGGAAUUCCUUUCGCUGAGCCUCCAGUGGGAAAAUUGAGAUUAGAGAAUCCUGUGCCGUACAGUGGAUGGAAAGGAUACUGGGAUGCUUCGUAUCCUCGAGACGAUUGCUAUCAAAGAAACUAUUACUUGCCCGGAAAGCCUGUUUCAGGCUCAGAGGAUUGUCUCUAUCUCAACGUUUACCGACCAAAUACUUGGAGUAGCGACAAAAAACUCCCAGUGAUGGUGUAUAUCCAUGGAGGAUCUUUUGCUUCCUUCUCGUCUCAUCCCAGAUAUUUUGGGCCUGAAUAUUUCAUGGACAAUGGAGAAGUUAUUCUUGUGACUCUGAACUAUCGUUUGGGUUUUCUGGGUUUUCUCUGCUCCGAAGAUGGAGCUGUAAAGGGAAACUUUGGAUUGAAGGAUCAGCAACUUGCUCUUGAAUGGGUGGCGAAGAAUAUUGCUUCAGUUGGCGGUGAUGCCAAUGCAAUAACUCUUUCUGGACAGAGUGCAGGAGGUGCUUCAACACAGUUGCAUAUGUUGAAUUCAAAGUCUCAGGGACUUUUCCAUCAAUCGAUUAUUAUGAGUGGGAAUGGGAUCGCUCCAUUUGUGUAUCCGAUUGAUUUUGCGUCCCAGUUUCGUGAAGCUGCUAAAAAUGUCGGCUUGGAUGACUGGAAAACUGCUUCUUCUUAUUCUUUGGCCAAUCAAUUGAAGAAAGUUGAUGCACUAAAACUGGUGUUUGCUGUUGAUCAAACUUACGCAUUUAACGUUACACCUCCAGUCCCAGUUCGACCGUGUGUCGAAGGACAUUGGGAUGGUGCAUUCCUGACAGAGGAUCCACGGAAAAUGUGGGCUGAAGGAAGAUUCAAACAUAAACCAAUUUUGACUGGCGUUACAAGUGAUGAAGAGCUAAUAAAUGCGUUGAUUGUGGUCAACGAAACAAUAUUACAACAAUUUAAUGCAAAAUUGCAUGAUCUUUUGCCAAUUCAAAUCGAUUUCCCGCCAAGACAUCUGAACAGCGUCUUGAAGUUUUACUUGAAUGGUCAAGAUUACAUCGAUGACUCAAAUAAAGGACAAUACUUAAAGAGUCCAUACACAAUUCUCAAAUAUACCACUGAGACAGAUUUGAAUCUGGGAGUCAGUCAUAUAGAUGAUCUAAUGUUCCUCUUCACUAUGCCGCCACUCUUCCCCGUUUUCGAUCCUGAUAGUCCAGAAGGCCGAAUGAGCGAUGUUUAUGUCCGAACCUUCGUGAAUUUUAUUGCUCGUGGCGAGGCCAAGACUUGGCGAUCAUUCAGGCCUUGCACAGUAAAGACUUCCAAGCCGUCUUGCGAUCGUCAGAUCUUCAAAAGAGACGAAGUUCCUGGACCUGAUCAAGUGAAGGUCUUAGUUUCCAAUGAUAUUGACACGGAAAUGAUGAAGUUAUGGACUGAGAUCGAUGAUGCAUUGUAUAUUGAAUAA